AUGGGCACAGUUCAAGCUCCCUUAAGCGGGUCUGGAGGGCCCACUGCGGCCGACGUGGACGCCCACACAAUUGUCCGUGCACCAGUGUUGUACAAAAAAAGUCCUGCUAACUCGGAGGGUAACGAGACACAAACCACGGGCAAUAACAACGGCAAAAACAAUGAUGCGUCAAAGGCAAAUAAGGAAACGAGUCCUCCAGACCGAAUUGUGGCAUCGUAUGCGGCAGCUGCACAUGCAGCUGCUUUGGCUAAUCAUCAACCAGUUUCCAAGGCUGCGGAAGUCUUCCUGGCUGCUACUACCAACUCCACUGGGCGUUCUAGACAUCCCAAACGUUCUAGACCGCACGGUUCUUCCAACACCGCUUUGGCUCACUCGGAGCUAAGUGCAAAACGCUUAGCCACUUCUGCCGUUUCAGCAUCAACACCUGAUUCAGGGGGCUCUGCAGCUUCAUUGACAAGUCUGAAUUCCAAUGGCUGGAGGCGCAUCGUGGAUCGGAUGUCACGAAAGGUGGUUUAUAUCGCGCCUGACGGAAUUUCUUUGAACAAUACAAGUGAAGUAUGCGCGUAUUUCCGUACACGCUAUCCAAACAUCACUGAUGCAAAGAAUUAUGAGGAACUAAUUACAUCCACCUUCAUCUUCGAGCCUACAACGGAAGCACCAUCCUUGGAUAAUGGCCCAAAUUUCCUCACUUCCGCUCAGCCACAGGUGUCUAAUAGUUCCUCCAACAGUUCUAUCGUGAGCACGUCGAAUGGACUUUCUCUCCUCUCUGAUAACGGUACAAAAUCGAACUCAUCUACCUGUCGGAUUGCAUUCAAUCCAAGCUUUGUGCGGAGCAAUGGCUCUAACCUAUUGGCGCGGAAGUCAACCUCAGAGUCGAUCACCGAGACUGUGGCGCCAGCUCCUAAUCGGUCCUCACAACCGGAUGAUUCGGAUACCUCAAAGGGUAGUUCAUUCAAUCGGGAAAUGCCUUUGUCUAGCCCUUCAAACUCGACGGCUCCUGAGACUGUAUCUGCUUCACCGAAAUCGGCACAAAACGGUAGCGAGUCAGCCACAGAUCUCGAUCCGAAAUUCGACCCCAAAAACGGUUCAACGGAACCUUCCGAAAAUACCGAAAUCUCGGUUUCAGAAAGUAGCGUAUCAAAUGCGUUAAUCCCCAAAACCAACAGUUUGUUGACGGAAGACAACUCAUCCAGUGCUGUAAAACCUGGUGAUCAGAACAAUAUUACUGUUUCAUCUAACAGCGAGACACCGAUUUUUCAGGCUGAUUUGUCCGUACAAUUAGCUGGUAGUUCGCAUCUCAACUCGAGUACCUCAGAGGAUACUGGAGUUACACGGAUGAGCACGGAAACCCUAACAACCGGCAUUCUCAAUACAACCAUUCCUUCCUGCGGCUCGACUGUAAUUCCGUCAGUCAUGCCAUCAGUCGGGAGCAACGACAUCAGUCUGUUAGCUCUUGCGGGUUUGGUAUCAGAACCUUCUUUGCUUUAUUCCUGUGGGAAUGGAGAGAUGGCGACUGCCGGUAUGUCAGUUAACCCCCUGUUAACUAAUUCCCGAUUAGCACAGGCUCAAGCUCAGCAGCAGCAGCAACAACAACAACAACAGUUGUCGGCCUUGAUUUCCGCCUUGUCGGCGGGAUCCGCCAAUCCCCAACCCACUCUUCAAACACCUGCCUCAUUAUUCGGAAACAAUGCUCAGUUUAACCCUCUAAUUUUGGCUGCUAAUCCACAGUAUGGCGUCACGUGGUCCGCCGUGGGAUCCACGCCCGUUUCCUGGUCUGACCUCAAUGGAUCAUCUGUGAUGUCUACCUUGUCUGCAUUACAACAGCACCAACAACAACACCAGCAGCAGCAACAGCAACAACAGCAACAAUUGGCUGCAGCGGCCGCCUUACAACAACAACAGAUCCGGGCUGCCUAUGCAGCUCAAGCUGCGGUCCUCCUUCAAAGGCAACAAAUUCUAGCCACUCAGCAGCAGCAUCAACAACAACUAGCAAUGGCAGCAGCCGGUCAAGUUCAAGCUUACCUUGCUGCUCUUCAGCGUAACCUAUCUAUCGGUUAA